GGACAAUAUCUCCUCUUGCUCUUCAAGAUUUCCUGAGAGCCCUCCUUGCUGUUUGCCAAAGUCUACCAGAAAAUUUCAUGCUGAAGUGACAGGCAGAUAGGGCUGAUUUGCCAUCUUCUUGACCAUAUCCAUAAAGUUUCUCUUCACCACCACAUCGCACCAAUCACCGUCCAGUACAUGUUGCAGUGGCACAGCAAUAUAAGUGCAAGCAAGAACAGGGGUUCUUCAUAUGGAUGAAGGAGAUACAAAGCUAGGAAUUUUGAGCAAAUUUGUCAGGGUAAGAUUGUAGCUUUGUUAUGGAGAACUUUAGUUGGAUCUCUGAUUGCUCAGGAGAAGCAGAUUGGGUUCAUUCUGAUGAACAACUGAACACGGGUGUGUACCCGACACCAUCUCAAGCGGCCGUGUUGGAUCCAAUUCAAGUAUGCAAUGAGAAUUUUCCAUGGUUGAUCCCCAUCGGAGGAAGAGUUGAAGUAGAUGACAGAGCGACGAGCGCAAGUGCGAGCGCAAGCGCAAGCGUUUCCAAAAGUCACAGCCAAGCCGAGAAAAGGCGCAGAGACAGAAUCAAUGCACAGCUUGCCACUUUGAGGAAGCUCAUUCCCAAGUCUGAGAAGAUGGACAAAGCAGCUCUCCUAGCAAGUGUGAUCGACCACGUCAAAGACCUGAAGCGAAAGGCCUCCGACAUCAGCAAGUCCCUCACCAUCCUCCCAUCCGAGGUCGACGAAGUGACCAUCGACUGCGACGACCCCAAACCCAAAAAGGGUGACCACGGCGUCGUCGCCCCCAUCCGGGUCUCCAUCUGCUGCGACGACCGGCCCGAGCUGCUGUCGGAACUGACCCGGGUCAUCAAGGGCCUGAAGCUGACCACGGUCAAGGCCGAGGUGGCCUCCGUGGGCGGCCGAAUCAAGAGCGUCCUUGUCCUGUGCGGCGGCGACUACGGCAAUGGAAGCGGCGGGGAUCAAGGAGCGUGCUUGAGCUCGCUCAAACAGUCGCUAAAAGUGGUGGUGAGCAGGAUUGCCUGUUCUUCGUUGGCCUCAAACUGUCGCAUCAGAAGCAAGAGGCAGAGAUUUUUCUUGCCUCGUCAGAGUCCAUUGCCAUGAUCACAUGCUACGGUAAUCUGAUCUAUGACAGACUUCCAUGGUAUUGAUGUUCUGUUGUGUAUAUAUUUGCAUGUGAAUUUGGGAUGUCAUCUACUUAAUAAUUUGCGGGAAGAUAAUUUUUUUCUUCAUCAAACAAACAACCAAACAAACAAACAGAGAAAACAGAUCUUCAACAGAUCUAUUUUACUGGGACAUGACCGGCCGAAAUGCAAUUAAAGGUGAAGAUAAGAUUGGCCACAUUGGCAUAUAUUCAACGUCCCAUCAAUCAAGAAAAGUUUCGAAAUCGU